GCAUCGUGUCUCUUUUAUUCUGUGGUAUCACGCUUAAACACUAUGCAUAUGAUAAUAUGUCUUUAAUGACCAAGCGAACUACAAAAUAUAUGUUUCGAGUUUUAGCGCAAUUAUCUGAAAAUUUUAUAUUCAUCUAUCUUGGAUUAACAUUAUUCACUGAAAAAGAUCUUGAAUAUAAGCCAUUCUUUAUAUUUUUCACCGCAAUAUUUAUAUGCGUAUCUCGAUAUUGUGCCGUGUUUCCACUUUCGAAUAUGUUAAAUGCUAUUGCGCGUUAUCGUAAACGGUCAGAAAUAAUUCCAAAUAAACAUUCCGCAAUGAUCUUCUGGUGUGGUUUGCGUGGUGCUGUGGCGUUUGCAUUAGCAGCUGGUCUCAAAGGUGAUAAUGCUAAUGCUAUGAAGACAACAAUUUUGGUAGUAGUGGUACUUAGUGUUAUUGUAUUUGGUGGCACGACAAGUCGAAUGUUAGAAAUUCUUAAAAUAGAAACAGGAGUAGACGAGGGAGAAAUUGAUAGCGAUGAAGAAUGUUAUAGUGAAUAUGAUGAUUAUAACAAUGUGCUAACAAAUUCUCAGGGGUCAAUUGUAUCGUCUGAUACUGGAGGUUCUGCGGAACACAAUAUUCCGUCAAGAAAUAUAUCCCCGAACAUCAAUGAUACAUCAACACAUGCUCAUUGGUUUAUAUCAUUUGAUGAUAAGUAUCUUAAGCCAAUAUUUAUACGUCAACGUGAUCAAAAUACAAAGCCGGAGGAUAGGUGGCAGAAUGAGAGAAACAGUAAUGAUGAAAUAAUUGGCCUGAGCUCGGAUCACAAAAACACUAGAGUAAAAGAUAACUGCGUCACAAAUUACUUGACAGAAGGUCAUGAUACUAUGGUCGAGACG